CUCCGUGCAGUGGAUAAAGCGGCGGUGUGUGGACCGGAUCAGUUCGGGGUCAUGAGGAGACCUGGACGGACCGGAUCCAGCUGAACCCCCCGUCCUCAGUCUGCAGGGGCUCCACAGGAAACUCCUUCCUCCAAAAACCCGCGCUGAGGGUUUGUGUGAAGAGAGCACGAGGCUGAUCAGCAGCUGCACGUCGCAGUUGCCUGAACCUCAGAGUAAGGAAGCCCGUGAGGGUCAGUUCUUCCAGGAUGCAGCAGCUGUGUAAAGUCACCAAGGCUCUGUUCAUCAGCAACGCCCGUUCGGCCUGCAGCGACGAGCUCAUCCAGCAGGAGGCAGUGACGCUCUGCAUCAACGUGUCCAAGCAGCAGCCGUUCCCCACCGCCGGCAUCAAGAAGCUGCAGAUCCCCGUCUACGACGACCCCAACGAGGACCUUUACAGCCACUUCGACCGCUGCGCCGACGCCAUCCAGAAGGAGGCGAACCGCGGAGGACGCAGCGUCGUCUACUGCAAGAACGGACGCAGCCGCUCAGCCACCGUCUGCAUCGCCUACCUGAUGAAACACCGCAAACUGACGCUGACGGACGCAAUACAGAAAGUGAAGACGGCUCGUCAUGUGAUCGAUCCGAACCCCGGCUUCCUGUCCCAGCUGCAGAGGUACGAACAGGAGCUGAAGAAGAGACGAGGAGAGACAGACUGACAGACAGGCAGGCAGACAGACAGACAGGCAGCUGGACGUCCGUCUGAUUGUCCUCAACCACAGGUGAACGGCGUCCUCUCUGUCCACCUUCACACUCUGUAACUGAACUCCCGUCAGUUUCGAUCUAAACUGUUAUUAUUAUAUUAUAGUAUUAUAUGUGAUAUUGAAUAUUCUAAUAUUUAAAUGUCUUCAUGGACUUUAACUCCAGGUUGAACAGGAAACCACGGCACACAGGAAGGUCUAAGGGCUUCAUUUCACUUCUUUUAGUGUCCAAAAUUAACCAUUAAAGAAUAGAUAACUUUAUUGAUCCCCAAAGGGAAGUUUCAAUGUUACAGCAGCCACUACAAAUAAAAAAAACUACAAAGAGGUAACA